AUCAAUCUCCAAAUCUCUUUCUGCCCCUUUCCUUCCUCCUUACUCCCAACAACUUUCCUUAUUUUAUUCCUGUCCCUAAAUUCUUUCUCCCCAUCAAGAUCCAUCAAUGGCGUCCACAGCACCUCCAAUUCUCCCACUCACUACCCCACAAUCAACCCCCGCUACAAUCCCCACCACCGCUCAAUCAUCCGAUCCACCAAUCGCAACCCCUGCUUUCCGGGCUUUCAUUACCCGUAUUCAUGAUCAAAUCAAAGAUGGUCUCGCCCAACGUCGUCCAUGGGCUGAACUCGUUGAUCGAUCCGCUUUCUCUAAACCCGAAUCCAUCGCUGACGCUACUACCCGGAUCCGUAAAAACUACUCCUACUUCCGUGUUAAUUACCUUGCCUUCCUCGCUAUUGUCCUCCUCUUUUCCCUCUUCUCCCACCCUUUUUCUCUCCUAACCUUAGCCUCUCUUUUCGCCGCUUGGUCUUUCUUCUACCUGUUUAAACCCGCUGAUCGACCCGUUGUAUUGUUCGGUCGUACGUUUUCGGAUCGUGAAACUCUAGGAGUCCUGAUUAUUAUGAGUAUCUUUGUAGUUUUUCUCACCAAUGUUGGAUCUGUUCUCAUGUCGGCUCUUGUUGUGGGUGCUGCAAUUGUGGGUGCUCAUGGUGCAUUUAGGGCUCCCGAAGAUUUGUUCCUUGAUGAUCAAGAUUCUGCAGGUCAAUCUACUGGUUUGCUUUCAUUCCUGGGUGUUGCUACCUCAAACGCCGCUGCUGCUGCCGCUGCAACUUCAGCUCGCGUUUGAUGAUGACAAAUGGGGUCUUUUCGUUUGAUACGGGUAAUAGUUUUAUGUUUGAUCUGAAAUUGGUUUGUGAUGAUUCAAGAUUCGGUUGGAUAAUAGAAGAUCGUUUGGGGGAAAAUUUAGUUUGAUUUUGUAUUAAUAUCUAAUCAGUAAAUUACAGUACAUAUGAUGUUCUUUUGUUGAAUAUCAAUAAUAACUUUUUUCUUACGAUAUCUCUUGCAAUUCAUUAGGGUUAUUUUGUCUUUGCAAUAAUUCUUAGGAAUUAUGAACUAAUGUUUGAUCUUUUGUGAAUGAAAUUCUUGUAAUUGACAUGAAAAGUUUAUCAGUUAGGGUUAGUAGGACGCUUUUGAUGCCAUUUAAACAUAAAGAUCACAAUAGGCAAUGUAUUUCUUCAAUGAAUGCACUUGGAUGAUACAAGUAAGAAUGCACUUGUUUGUUCUUGUUUCAUGCAUUGUUUACCUUAUUGCUGUAGUUCAAUAUGAUGAUGGUUGGGUUAUUUUUUGCUGGUCCCAGUAGUGUCUGGUAGUUUCUUAGCUAUGCUAUUGAAAGAUCAAUGAAUAGCUUAUAAAGUACCAGUGCUCUUUCCUGUAAUGUUCUUGGAUUGGGGGUCCUAUUGCUUGACAAUUGCAAUGUUCUUCGAUACACUGCAGCCGAAAAGCUGCAGCGAUGUAAGUUUUAAGACUGGGUAGUAUUUUCUUAUUGAGUUUGGUUGAGUAGCGUUUUCGUAACAGGUUGUAAUAGGCCUAGGUAAACACAACUGACCCGAAUGUGCUGUCUUUGAAAUGCUAUUAUGAUAAUAUGCUGCUGUUGUAACUUGCGUCUUGUAAUUGUUAUGAAAAGCUUCUAGUCGAUACCAUCACUCCGAUAAACAAUUGUUAUAAUAUCUGGGGAUGUGUUAUUGAAUGGAAAUUUGGGAUGUUCAUUUGAUUCAUUGUGCAAACCUCCUGAAAAUGGGCAUUUAGAGAUUGGAGUGCAAUGUGCAUCCUGCACUCAGAAGCAAUAUAGUCAUAGAAUUUUGUUGCCUUGAAAAUGGAAUCGAUGAAUAGGCCUAUGGGAUGAAUGUUCACAAGUGUUUAGUCCAGCUAAGGAAAUACAGAAAUAAUAAGGCUUGCAUUUGCUUUCUUUUUUGUGAAUUCCUUUAUUAGUAGGAGUAGAUUUACUUAGGGUACAUCCGUUCUGCCUCAUUGUUAUUUAAUGUUUUUGUUUAGCUUUUUCCGGGGUGUGCUCGACCUACCGAUUUUGCUUCACAAAAUUAUUGUUUUGUUAGAUUUUGAGGUAUGCUUUCGAGUUUUGACCCAUCGAUUUUGCAUUGCAAAAUUAGUGGUGUUUGUUAGGUUGUUCUGAGUUGUGCUUUCGACCCAUCAAUUUUGCAUCACAAACCAGUGUAGUGUUUGCCUAGUUCUUGUUCCUGAUCCACUUCAGAUUCCCAGAAUCUUGAUCUAGUUGUUAUUCUUGAAUCCCAAAAGGAAAAUGUUUCUUAAAAAGAAAAAAAAUCUUUUCCAAAAGUAAAACCUUAAAGGAGAAAAGGAGAAACCGCCGUGGAAACGGAUUUCAAGAUCUUAGUUGACAAGAGCUUUUGUUAUGAAGGUUCACACAAUUAGGGUUGGUCGGUUGGUCCUCGUUCGUGGUCUGCAGUGCACUAUUGAAUUCAAAAUUUGUAGUUUUUGCACUUGAAAACUCUAUAAAAUAUGAUUCAAAAGAUAUUAAUGAACUGCCAGUCUCUUUAGGGACCGACUUCAUAUUCUUAAUAUCUAUUUAAAUUAUCCUUAAUGCUUACUUAUUGUAUUUUUAAUGUCUACUUUUAAUAUCUUAAAUGUAAACCUAUUCAUAAUAUUUUAAAAAAUAUAUAAUGGGCCGGCCCAAUUAGAGAUG